AUGUCUUCCGACCUCGACACGCUCGUCGACAUGGGCUUUCCCCGUGAUCGUGCCGAGCUCGCAGUCAAGGCUACCGGUGGCCUGCAAGGCGCCAUCGACUGGCUAGAGAAGCACCAGGACCAAUCCAUCGAGGAAAUCACCGCCGCUACCGCCGCCGCCGCCGAAGAGCCCGAAGCCCUGAAGCCCGGCGAGGAAGCAAAGUCCCUCGUGUGCGAAGAGUGCGGCAAGAAGUUCCGCUCAGUCGCCCAAGCAGAGUUCCACGGCAACAAAACCGGCCACGAGAACUUCGCCGAGUCGACCGAGGAAAUCGCCCCGCUCACCGAAGAGGAGAAGAAGCAGCGCCUCGAGGAACUGCGCCAGAAACUCGCCCUCAAGCGCGCCACACAAUCCGAACAGGACAAGGAGGACCGCAAGAAGAACGAGCAGAUCCGCAUGAAGGCCACAAAAGAGUCGCAGGACAUCAAGGAAGACCUGCAGAAGAAGGAGCAGAUCAAAGAAGCACAGGCAAAGCGCGCAGAGAAGCAAGCAGACCUCGACGCGCGGAAGCGUGUCCUCGCAAAACUCGAAGCAGACAAACAAGAACGCAAGCGCAAGGCCGAAGCAGAGAAGGCUCUACGUGCAGGAAAAGCCCCGCCGCAACAAGUCCACAUCCCCCAGGCGACGUCCUCGGGCCCCACGACAAGCAAGCCCGCAAGUGCGUACACAGAGGCGAGGCUGGCGCUGCAGACCAAGGGCGGAAGAGUGACAAAGACCUUCUCCGUCGAGACCACGCUGUUCGAAGUCGCGCAUGCCUUGGAGCAGGACGGCAACCAGGUCAACACCUUCACAACUACCUUCCCCAAGAAAGUCUUCGACAAGACAGACUUUGGCAUGACGCUCAGGGAGGCGGGCAUGGUGCCCAGCGCGGCGCUUAUCGUCGGGUAG